AUGCAGUUAUUAUUAUUUGCAGACAUCGACACGAUUCAGACGUACCGAGGCCAAGCUCUCGGCAACCUGGACCCGCAUAUCUUCGCCGUGGCUGAAGAGGCUUACGUGAAACUCGAAAGAGAACAACGCGACCAGAGCAUCAUUGUUUCUGGAGAGAGCGGAGCUGGAAAAACCGUAUCUGCGAAAUACACCAUGAGGUACUUCGCUACUGUUGGUGGCAGUGAUACGGAGACUCAGAUCGAGAAGAGGGUGCUGGCCAGCAGCCCCAUCAUGGAGGCCAUCGGCAACGCUAAGACGACAAGGAAUGACAACAGCUCAAGGUUCGGCAAAUUCAUAGAGCUGCAGUUUAAUAAACAAUACAAUAUUAACGGAGCUUCGAUGCGGACUUACCUCUUGGAGAAGUCGAGGGUGGUGUUCCAAGCGCCAGACGAAAGGAACUACCACAUUUUCUAUCAGAUUUGCUCGGCUAGGCAACGACUACCAUAUCUGCAUUUAGACCACCAAAACAAAUUCCACUACUUGAACCAAGGUGAGAGCCCCGACGUUUCGGGCGUCGACGAUUCUAGGGACUUCGAAGAAACAGUCAAUGCUCUCAACCUGCUCGGUUUCUCCGAGAAAGAACAAACGGACAUGUUCAAAAUUCUCGCUUCCGUUCUCCAUCUCGGCAACAUCAGAUUCUUCGAAUGCGUCAUCGAAACCGAAAACGAACAGGAUCAAGAGGGGUGUCUGAUAAGGCCAGAAGAUGAACACAUGAAAAUCCUCUCGGAGCUCCUGGAAAUUGAUGGAGAAGAAAUGCGGCAGUGGCUGUGCAUAAAGAAACUGGUGUCGGUGCGAGACGUUUACAUGAAACCGAUGUCGAUAGAGGAAGCGACAUCUUCUAGAGACGCCCUGGCGAAGCACAUCUACGCUGCGCUGUUCAACUGGAUCGUUCUCGUCAUUAACAGAUCGUUGGAAUCCGACUCUGUCAAGCACAGAUUUGUGGGAGUAUUAGAUAUUUACGGUUUCGAAACAUUCGAAACAAACUCUUUCGAACAAUUUUGCAUAAAUUACGCCAACGAAAAGCUGCAGCAGCAGUUCAACCUGCACGUGUUCAAGCUAGAGCAAGAGGAGUACAUCAGGGAGGGCAUCGAGUGGAAAAUGAUUGAGUUUUACGAUAAUCAGCCUUGCAUCGAUUUGAUAGAAGCCAAACUAGGGGUGCUAGAUCUGCUGGACGAGGAGUGCAAGAUGCCCCGAGGUUCGGACGCGUCCUGGACGGAGAAACUGUACACGAAGUGCGCCAAGUACUCUCACUUCUCCAAAGGACGUUUCGGUUCGUCGUCCUUCGUCGUCAACCACUUCGCCGACAAGGUUCAGUACGAGAGCAACGGAUUUCUGGAGAAGAACCGCGACACGGUUAUCGAAGAGCAGAUAAACGUCGUCAAGGCUAGCAAAAACCACUUGGUGAAGCGGUUGUUUGCUUCUGAGUCGCAGAAAUUGGCGCCGGCCGGGACGAAGUUGAAGAUUGUGGCCGCCAAGCCGGCAGUGAUGUCGCAGAAGACGCACAAGAAAUCGGUUUGUUCGCAAUUCAGAGACUCGCUCAACAUGCUCAUGUCCACCCUCAACGCCACCACCCCCCACUAUGUGCGAUGCAUCAAGCCAAACGACUCGAAAACCGCGUUCGAAUACAACCCCAAACGCGCGGUCCAACAACUCCGCGCCUGCGGCGUCAUCGAGACCAUUCGACUCUCUUCGGCCGGCUUCCCGAGCAGAUGGACCUACGUGGACUUCUUCUACCGCUACAGGGUGCUGUGCAAGUUCCAAGACGUGGACAGGAACGACAUGCGCAAGACGUGCGAAAACAUCCUCGACAAGUGUAUCCGGAAUCCUGACGUGUACCAGUUCGGCAAGACGAAGAUCUUCUUCCGCGCCGGGCAAGUGGCCUACCUGGAGAAGCUGCGCGCGGACAAGCGCAGAGCAUGCUGCGUCAUAAUGCAGAAGACCGUGAGGAUGUUCGUGGCGAGGAAACGUUACCUGAAGGUGCGGAGGUCGGCGAUGCUGAUGCAGCAGUACGGAAGGGGCUUGCUGGCGAGGCGGCUGGCCGAGAGUCUGAGGAGGGAGCGCAGCGCGAAGACGAUACAGCGGUACGUGCGCGGGUGGAUGAAGCGGGUGCGGUUCGUCACGCUGAAGAAGUGCGUCACUGGUCUGCAGACGCGCGCGAGAGGAUAUUUGGCUAGGUUGAGGUUCCAGCAGUUGAGGUGCAAUGCGGCGGCAAUAAUGAUCCAGAAACACGUAAGAGGCUGUUUGGCCCGUAGAGAGUUUAAGGCAAGGCAAAGAAAAAUUGUUAUCUGUCAAUCGGCUAUCAGGAGGUACCUGGCGAGGAAACAGUAUAAGAAGUUGAGGAUCGAAGCAAGAUCCAUCGAACACGUCAAGACCCUAAAUAAGGGCUUGGAGAACAAGAUCAUCAGCUUGCAGCAGAAGAUCGACGAACUCAACAAGACGAACAAUGAGCUUAGGAAUUACCAGAACGAAGUCCUCGAAAUGAAAACAAAAAUGCAGUCGUUCCGAGCGAUGGAAAUCGAAAUCAAGAAUCUGAACAACCUGAUCAUCGAGAAAAACAAAUCUAUCGUCGGCUUGGAAGAACGACUCAAGAUCGAGGGCGACGAGAAGAUGGACUUACUAGAGGAGCGCGAACGCUUCCGAAAGGAAACCGAGGAGCAGCGUGAGAUGUGGGCGCAAGAGACCGCGAAGCUGCGACAAGAGUUGGAGAACAUCAAUGAAAUCGUCAGGACGAACGAGAAGGGCGCAGAGGAGAACCUCAAGGUGCGCCUCGCGGAGGAGAAGAUGAUGAUGCUGAACGAAGCGGACAGCGACAGGGAGGCGUAUCAGCGCCUGCUCAACGAUCACCACAUCCUAGAGCAGCACUACGAGGAGCUGAAGAUGGCGAUGAACGCGGUCCAGGGCCACCAGGGAGCGCACAAGAGGAAUGUCAGCGAUAUCAGCAGCAUUUUCGGGUUGGAGGAGACCAUGAUGAACAGCGACCUGCCCGAAGAUCAUGGCUACGGUUCGGUGAGGUCAACUACUAGCAAUAGUUCGACCAGGGAGAAGUUGGAGAAUAUCGAUUGGAAGAACGAAGCCACUAGCGAGAGCCAAACCCCAAACACAACCAGCACUAGUGACACCAACACGAAACAUGAACCAGAAUCCAAAGUCGACGUCGGGCUGGUCCUCAAGCUGCAGCACAAGCUCUCAGAAGUUGAAAGAGAGAAGGUCCGCAUGCAGAAACGUCUAGACGAGAUCGACAUGUCGCCGAAAACGGAAAGGGCUCGGAGCGAAGCUGAAAGCGCAGUCAAAAUUUCGGAGUUGGAACUCUGCAACUCGCAGCUCAAGUCACAGCUGCUCGAGCUGAGGAACAGCAUCAGUGAGGGCACCGGUACGUCAAAACUUCAGGAGCAAUUGGCAGCCCUCCAAGACGAACUCGACAGAAGGAGCGAAGAAAUCGUCCAACUGAAGGGCGUCUUGGCAGCCCAGACCAACAACAUGAAGUCGAUAUUCAACAACAAAACAAGAACAGGCGAAUACAUAAACGAAGACGGGGAGCUCGCGCAGGCAUACGAGACGCAGAAGACGAUCAACAAGCAGCUGGAGCUCGAGCUUCAAGACGAGAAGACCAAGUACAAGGCCCACGAGCGAGAGUACAAGCUGGAGAUCGAGAAGCUACGAGAGGACAAUGAGCGCCAGCAGCGCAUACUCGCGGCCAAUCUGACGACUACUCCGCGCUCGCAGAACGAGGCGUUCAUGCAAGCCGAAAUCACGCGACUCACGGCGGAAAAUCUCGAGCUGCACGACAGAAACGACCAGCUGAACGAAGCGACGCGCAAGCUCAAAAAGCAGCUGAAGGCGCUCACGAAGAAACUCAAAGAGGCCGGGUUCGAUUUGACGAGCGACGUCGUCGUCAUAGAGGAGAGCGAGGCGAGGACGCAGCCGACGAGAACGGCGGCCACCAUAAGGAAAAAGGAGAGGGAGUACUCGGGCAUGUUUGCGUUCAGGAGCGGGGACGAGAACGCUAUCAUGAAGCAAUUGGUUGUAGAGUUGAAACCAAGAACUGCGGUCGCACUUUUGCCGGGUUUGCCGGCGUAUAUAAUUUUCAUGUGCAUCCGACACACGGAUUACAUCAAUGACGAGGACAAGGUUAGGACUCUACUCUCUGCGUUCGGGAAUACAGUGAAGAAACUCAUCAGAAAAAGGCAUUCAGACUUUGAAACUACAACUCUUUGGCUUUCGAAUACUUUAAGACUGAUACACAACAUGAAGCAAUACAGCGGCGAUGAAGCGUUCCAGAAGAAAAACACCCCAAAACAAAACGAGCAGUGUUUGAGGAACUUCGACCUUUCCGAGUACCGACAAAUAUUCUCCGACACUGCUGUUUGGAUUUACCAAGCGGUCAUAACGACCUUGGAAGAGAAAGUCCAGCCAUUCAUCGUACCCGCCAUUCUGGAACAUGAAGAGAUACCUGGGAUAAGCGGCAGCAAACCUGGCGGCUUCAGGGGGAGGAUGGGCAGCUCUUCCAGCAACCUGGGCAGUCCUGUGGGCGGACAAAAACCCACGACAGCCUUGCUUCAAGAACUGACCAAUCACCACAAGAUCCUAACUUUCUACGGCGUCGAUCCAGAAGUGAUAUCGCAAAUCUUCAAGCAAGUCUUCUACUUCAUCUGCGCGUCUAGCUUGAACAACCUGCUGCUGCGGAAGGAACUCUGCCAUUGGUCCAAAGGCUUCCAGAUCAGGCACAACCUGUCCCACUUCGAGAUGUGGACGAGAGAGAAGAACUUGGACGAGAACGCGAUUCAAGCUACGCUCCAGCCGAUUAUCCAGGCUGCUCACUUGUUGCAAGCAAGGAAGACAGAUGAAGACGUUGCCAGCAUCUGCGAGAUGUGCAGCGCUUUGACGCCUCUCCAGAUCUGCAAGAUCCUCAAUCUAUACACGCCGGUAGACGAGUUCGAGCAGAGGGUGCCGGCAUCUUUCAUCAGGCUGGUGCAGGCCAAGCUGCAGGAGAGGCCCAGUGCGCAGGCCCAGCAGACUCUUCUAAUGGACGUCAAGUACCAAUUUCCUAUACGAUUUCCAUUCAAUCCUUCAGUCAUUUGCCUGGAAGAUAUAGAAAUUCCAGAAUCACUCGGCUUGCCAAUGCUUGAGAAACUCUAAGCAUAUUCCUGAUUUUCAAGACUAAAUUCGUUUCAUUCCAACAUUGUAGAUUUGUAUAUAUUUGUAAAAAUUAUUUUGUUAGUUUAAUUCAACUAAAUACGACACCAGUGUGUGUGAAAUCAUGUUUUUGUCCAGAGCGGAAAUUUGCAGCUUUUUCAACAGAGAAAAUUCAAAAAUGGAUUACGAAGCCUCGGCAGUAUUUUUUAUUGGUGAAGAUCUGGUCUCUUACGAAUGUACCUCGUGAAUGGAGUACAGAUCGUAUAUUUGGUAUAUUAGUAGAAUGAAGGUUAGCAAAUUUUUAUCCUUGUGAUAUAUUUAUGUUUUUUGUUGUUUCUAUUAUUACUCAUUAGGGGUGAGCGAGACAAUUAUAACCAAAAGUCUUGUCCUAAUAAGUAAUCUACAUGAAAACGGAUACUUUUUCUAUUUUAAGUUACUCUUUGGUAGUUUUACAAAAAAAAAUUACAAUGAAAAAUGAUUUCUCAAACCUAACUUGUCCCUGAAGACACUUGUCACAAAAUUUACUAGGAUAAAAAUCCUUCUUGACACUCGGCCUUGUUUUUCCCAUUUCAUUGACGUUCUUCCAAGUUGCACCCACAACAUCCAAGUUGUUUUCAUAAUUGUAUUUUAAGUGUAAGUAUUAUUUUUGGCAUUUUUGUAUUUUAAAGUAUUGUAUGUAUUUUUGUGCCAUUUUUUCUGUAAAAUUACUUUGUGUACUUAUUUUGCACAAGUGAGACAAAUUAAUUUUUCUUGCGGUACUUUAUUGAUCAUUUGAUGGAUGGUUGGUUAAACUGUGAAAUUUACUUUCCUCACGAGUCACGUAAACUAUUUCUUCAAUUGUGUGAUAAAGUCCACUUCCCCACCUAUAAAGAAAAAUUAGUUUUUUUCAGUUGUGCAGUCAAACGUUGAAUUACUCAUAGAUUAUAUGAACUAUAGUUACCUAUAUAAAAAAAAUUAUAUACAGUUGUUGGCAGUAAAGAGUUUAUCACAGA